AUGAGUCUUAUCUCUUCUCUGCAGGAUGAAAAAAAUGAACAGAUUGUGACGAACCUUUGGUUAACGUUGGAAUGGGUGGAUGUCAAUUUAAGAUGGAAUGUGUCUCAAUACGGAGGAAUUCGAGAUAUACGGAUAGCCCCCAAGUAUCUCUGGAAGCCAGACGUUCUUAUGUACAACAGUGCAGACGAGAGAAUCGACAGCACGUUUCCUACAAACGUUGUGGUCCAGCACAACGGAAGUUGUUCGUAUAUUCCACCGGGAAUCUUCAAGAGCACGUGCAAGAUUGACAUCACAUGGUUUCCGUUCGACGAUCAGAAGUGUGUAAUGAAAUUCGGAUCCUGGACUUAUGAUGGAAACGCCUUGGACCUCUUACUUCCUAGCGAAGAAGCGGAUCUCUCCAACUAUUUAGUCAAUGGAGAGUGGGAUCUGAUAGGUUUUCCCGGGAUUCGCAAUGUAAUCUAUUACACUUGCUGUCCGGAACCAUACGUGGACAUCACGUUCACGUUACAUAUCAGACGCCGGACCCUCUACUACGGAUUCAACCUUAUCAUUCCUUGCGUUUUGAUAUCCUCAAUGGCUCUGCUGGGGUUCGCUCUACCACCGGAUUCUGGGGAAAAGUUAACGUUGGGUCGGUAACCUUAUUAUGACAUUUCUGUUUAGGAUUAGCUUUAAAUUUAGACAUUUCAUUUGUGAAUAUGCGAUAUUAUUUUCGUGAUUAAUUGAGAUCUUAAAACUGUUUAAUUAUCACGAUUAAAAAAUGAAUUAUUUGAAAUAAAGAUUUAAGUGUUUUCAAAAUUUAAUAAGUUUCUGUCAAUAAAACAGAUAUGCCAAAGAAUUUUGUUUCGUAAGCAACUUAAUGUGUUGUAAUGUCUGCACACAUAUAUUCUCUUUCCGUCACGAUCCUAUUGUUUGCUUUAUGUUUAACUUAAUGUGUUAUAAUGUCUGCACACAUUUAUUCUCUAGGUGUCACGAUCCUAUUGUUUACUUUAUGUUUAACUUAAUGUGUUAUAAUGUCUGCACACAUUUA